AUUAAAAAAAUCAACAAAAACCCAAUCUUCUCCACCUAACAGCUCAUCCAUCCACCUCUUUCCUUGAAGCGAUUCUUUUCUCAUCGAAUCGUUCCUCCCACACGCCUCUUCCUCUCAUCACUUUGUUCCUCCGUCGUCGGCGUCUUCCGUCUCUUAUCCAUUCUUCUCCUUUUUUUCCAACACAACAAAGAAUGGCUAAUUGUUCGGGAGACUCCAACGACAUGGCGGCUUCUCAGUUUGACAUUCUCCGAUGCCCUUUCUUGAGGAACAUCAAUGAGCCCACUAAUCUCUCCUUCUCUUCCUCCUUGCCUUUCCCCAUCCCUGCACCAGCAGGUCAAGGGCCUAUAUUCGAGGAUGGACCCAAUUUUGAUACCGCGUUUAGGCUUUUCCACGGCCAAGAUGGUGUUGUCCCACUCUCUGACAGGGCCAGACCUGAAGCUGAGAAGCCCGUCCCUCUGUUCAAUCCACUCGCUGCUAAGGCCGCCACCAUCAGUCUCUCAUCUUUUGGACCUGGAGGCCCUUUUGGAUUCGAUGCGUUUUCUCACAUGUUUAAAAACCAAAAGAGAAACUCUGACUCUUCCAAAAACAACAAGGAUUCUUCCAAGGGAGGAAACCACGAAUCUAUGAGUGACGACUGGCUACAAACAGGAAACUGCCCCAUUGCGAAAUCGUACCGAGCUGUAAGCGGUGUGGCGCCGCUCGUGGCGAAGAUCCUGCAGCCACCUCCAGGGAUGCAUUACAAGUGCCCUAAAGCAAUAGUAGCAGCUCGAGCAGCCAUAUCAAAAACAGCUUUCGCCAAGAACCUCCGCCCGCAGCCUUUAUCAUCCAAAGUUCUUGUGAUAGGGAUGCUCGGCAUGGCGCUAAACGUUCCUCUUGGGGUCUGGAGAGAGCACACCGAAAAGUUCUCUGCAUCUUGGUUUAUAGCCCUUCACGCAGCCGUUCCUUUCAUAGGGAUACUGAGGAAGUCGGUGUUGAUGCCUAAGAUGGCGAUGGUGUUUACCAUAGCAGCAUCGGUUAUGGGACAGGUGAUUGGGUCAAGAGCAGAGAGGUAUAGGCUCAAGUCGGCAGCUCAGAAGAAGAUGACAUCAUUGGCUGUUGUACCAAACCCUUCGUCUGUUGAAGCAACUCCGAUGCAGUUCCCCGGAGUUUCAUCAUCGGAUGGAAGGUGCGGUGACAAAGUGGUGAUGAAAUGGAACCCCAUGUUGCUUGAAACAGCAAGUCCUGUCUCUACCGGAGCAACUAAUGUUGUCUGCUAAAUAUUUUGAUUUCUUCAAGAAGAUCUCGAAUAUAUAUAUAUAAUUGUUUUUCUUCUUGUUUUGGAGAGAUUGUAUUUGUAAAAGUUUCUAUAUGUUUGAGAAAAACUAGAAUAAAUUCAUUUCUAAAAUGUUGAAACUGUCUCUAAAUGUAAAAGACUUGGUUUAUUAAAUAAAUACUUGAUUCGCCA